CUUACUGUGCUUCUUGAUCAGAAAAUAAUGGUUUGCGCCAAAUGUGAAAAGAAGCUGACCAAAGUAGCUGCACCUGAUAAGUGGAAAGAUGGUUCUCGCAAUUCAAAGGUUGGCGAAGGGGGCCGUAAGCUUAAUGAGAACAAAUUGUUAUCAAAAUCUGCAAAGUCCAGGUUUUCUCCAUAUGAAAGCAAGUGCAAGAUUUGCAAAUCAAAAGUACAUCAAGAUAAAGCAAACUAUUGUCAAAGUUGCGCUUAUAAGAAGGGAAUCUGUGCAAUGUGUGGAAAGCAAGUGCUGGAUACCAGUAGUUAUAAACAGAGCGCCAAAUAGCGACCAUUACAUAUCAUGUACAUAACAAUCACGGCUUUGACGUGCAACUUUUUUUAUUGUAGUCAAUUAUAAAUUCAUUAUUAGCUUACAGCCCAAGCACUAAAG